GUGCGACAGACGAUUCGCACACCCUCGUCCGACGUCCCCCCUUUGUAGACUGUUCUCAGCGUUUCGUCAUCUUCUCUGACUUUUCUCUCACCAUUUCCCCUUGAAAGUCGCGUAGAAUACUGUCGAAGGCAUGCUUCGCUUGAAAUGAACAGGGAAACCAUUCGUCGGAGGAAUGGCAUGGCUCCCCUGCCGAUUUUGAUGGAGGCAUUUUCAUUUUUUUCGGAGGUCGCUGAAGAAGAAAUCAAUGCAGUAAGGCCUCGAAAGUCUUUUUUAUGACAAGGAGGCGCACGCGUGUUUUUCGCCGCCUUCCGGUUUCGCCUUUCCGUUCUUCCCGAUUUUUCCCCUUCUCUGACAGUUUGCAUGCAUCACGAUGAGGUGCCCACUGGCGCCGCGGCGGCAACGCCGUCUGCCGAGAGACAGUUCCUCUUCGGUGUCUCUUUUCCUUCCUCAUCGAGGAUCUCUCUCCCUGUCUUCAGCCUUUUCUCCUUCUUUUCGCAGGUCUCCUUGUCCCCGUUCCUCGCCUUGUCUAGCUUCUUCCGUUCCUCCCUCUCGUCUGUUUUCCUCUGCUUCGCCGAACGACUCUCGCCUGGCGUUGAAAAAGCCUCUUUCACCUUCGUUCUCCUCCCCUUUUGCUUUUUCUCGAUACACGAGGGAUCCCGAACUAAGACACUUAACCAGUACUUCUCGUGUACAGGCUCCAUUGCCUCUGCGCCGUUGCGCUGCUCCUGUUGCUUCUCUCGCUUCUUCUCCUUGUCUGUCUUCUUCUCGCGCUUCGUCUGCUUCUCUUUCUCCUUGCUCGCUCGCUUCUCUUGGUUCUCGUUCCUCUCCUUUCUGCGGGGGGUCACGUCGAGGCGGCGAGAGGCCUCCUUGUGAGAGGAGAGCGAGUGCCGGGUGCGGUGCAGCAGCUAACUCUUUUUCUUCAGCCCCGCGGCCAAGUCGUCUUUCUCCGUCGUCUCCCUUUUUUCCUUCUGGACUUGGUUGUUCUUCCUCUCCGGCGCAUCGUGCGCGAGUUGCUGGCCCUCGCCUGCCGCUCCGCAGCGCCUUCGUCGCGCUCUUCCCCGGCCAACCGACAAGGACUCUCUGUUUCCCGGCUGCUUCGUCCGCGCUUUCCUUUUCCGCUCAGCCGUCUCCGCCGACCGCUUCUGCGUCUUCUUUCCAGUCUCCGCGCCGCCUCCACAACAGCCACCAGGCUCGAGUUUUGCGCAGGCGGCAUGUGUACAGAGACAAACACCUGGACCAUGUACCGACGGAGAGAGCGCGGCAACUGGCGGAGCAGCGGAGCGCCUUCGAGUUGCCCCGCGGGACAGGCGAACCUCUGCAAGGUGGCUCGCGCUUCCCCGGGGGCGUCAUGGCUCCUCACUUGCGUGUCAAACUCGAGAAAGAAAAGUUUCUGAGGGACUGCAUGCGCGAGCAGGAGAACUUGGCGGCGCUCUUCACCGAGACUGAGAAGGAGACUCUCCUAGGUCGCCGUGGGGACAGCCGCGAGAGCCACGAAGAGGAACCUGCGACGCGCGAGGCCGAAAAACAGACGUCUGAGGGAGGAAAGAGCGACGAGGCUGGGAAGGACGGAGGCAAGCAAGAAGACAAACAGGGCGCCGCACCCUUCGGCAGAAAACUGCAGGAACUGGAGAGCUUCGUAGGAUCUGCUCUCAGAACCUACCGCCUCCUUAGACCACACGCCCUUCCCUUCUACAAGGAAGACAGCUUGCUGAGCAUGCAAAGCAAAUUAAACGAGGCGACGCUGAAGCACUCGCCUCUCGUCCACGACCUCGUCGAACUGAAGAAACGGAACUUGUCAGUCCCUUCAGAUCUUCUUCCUCCAGAUUUCAACGCGCUCCAAUUCAGCCUUCCUGUGGUGAGCGCGCGUGGCUUUUUGCUAGCUCUCUCGGCGGCCGCGAAUUCUGUGGCGGAAGAUCUCGAAUUUCUUUGUCGCCGUCUCUCUGUCCCGAAUCUCCCUCAUCCUACGCAUCCCUUUCGCCUCAAACUCCUCCUCGAUGCCUUGUUCGAGUCCUUCAAACUCCGCAAAGAUCCGCACUACGCCCAUGACUGGGCGCAGAGGAACUGGCCGCGACUGCAGGCUGCUAUGCCAGAACCUCUCUCAGAGUUGUCUGCCGACAGCGUAGGCCUUUGGCUCAAGGCGCACUUGGAGCGCGUGAUCGAAAACCAACGUGGGCGGCAUGCAGACGGCAGAGGUCGUUUGUUAGCCCAGAAAUUUCCUCUGAAGAGCGACGAAGAAGAUCUGUACUCUCUGGCCGAUGAUUUCAUCUUUGACCACGAGAUCGUGGAUGAACAAUUCUGCGACGAGAGACUCAGCCAGUUCCCCAUCGACAAAGCCGGAGAACUGUUUCGAAGAGUCGCGGAUUUUUUCGGGCUGACGAAAGGACCACAGCCGGCAGUGAACGACGCUGUUGUGGCACAAUUUCAAAAUCUUGUGUACACUCUGGACGAAAUCGGCCUGAGCAACUGGAUGAAGAUGGAUACGCGAGAGAUCGAAGAAUUUCUGCCCGAAGGAGACCCGCCUUCUUUCGCGGCCUCUCAGCAAGAUCUGGAUGCUGCUCGCUUGCUUCUGAAAGCUGCAGCGAGGGGAAAGGCGAAUCUCCUCGAUUUUGAAGCUCUCGACCCCUACAAACUUCUGCAUGGAUUCGACUUUAAAACGGUCCAAGAGGAGCUCGCAACUCUGCCGCCAAAUCCGUUCUUGACCGACGCGGACAUCGACGAACUGUUUGACAUCACCACAGCGGCAGUUUCGAUGAAUCAGAGCGAAGUCGCUCCGUCUGCGUCGCUGAGGAACUUCAAGGCCAAAUUCGGAAGAACGCCCUUAGAGGCGCUGCUGGACUCGGAGGAGAAGUUCCUGACUUCUGCUGGUCCUGUCGAUUGGUUGAAAGACGAAGACGAGAACGGCGAGGCUUUUGUUUCCUGGAGGUGGAAGCGCCCCGCACAAACGGUCUACGACGCUGAGAAGGGCAUGUUCGUCCGAGAAAGAGAGGGCGUUGACCCCCUCAUCAAGCUCCACGAACUGAGACAGACGCUCCUCAGUGUCAGCCGGAUGAUGAGCAUGAACAAGCAGGGUCGCGUCUAUUACUUCCGGGCCAUCGUCGCGGUCGGGAAUGGGCGAGGACUGUUCGGCAUCGGCAUCGCCUUCGGACCUUCGCCAAAGGAAGCGCGAAGCAACGCUGCUCUGGCUGCGAUUCAAAACCUUGACCAUAUUGAUUUCGAUGUCGGUCGGACUCUGACGACACCCGUCCACGGCAGCGAGUACUCUGCUCACGUGAAAAUUGUUCCGCGGCCUCUGGGGAAGGGAUUGAAGUCGAAUCUGCGUUACCUUCCGCUGUUGUAUCUCAUGGGCAUCGACAACUGUCGCGUAUCUUUUUACGGUCCGUCGGCUUCUGCUCGAUGGUUCACUCGCGCCAAGGCACUGAAGAGGGCGCUUGAACAGCUGCAGAGUCGCCGCACGCUGGCGAACGCGACAGGACAGAAAUACGACCUUCUGGUCGCUCCCGGCGAACACUGGAUGCACUGGCCAGACCGCUGGUUCCGGCCCAUCUCGACGGAGUACGCGCGAAUGCUCGAACGCAUUAAGAAGAAGCGACCUCCUUCCUAUAGAAGAGGAUUCCGAGCGGCGAUUGAUGAGGUCAUUCCCGAAGAAAUUCGCCCCGAGUUCACUCCUUACACGUGGAAAUCGCCACUGCAGAAAUGGGCAGAAGAACUCAAGCGGAAGCGUCUCACAUCUCACAACGUCUACGAGACGGAGGUCUUUCUUCAUCCUCCAGCGCAGUCUUCUUCUCCUUCCUAGUUGUCUCCUUCGUGUGCAAGUGACUUUCAGCUAGUCCAGACGCUCCCUUUCUCUGCAGUCUUGUGUUUCGUCUCACCAGCGUUUCGGAAGGAGAAGGAGAAGAGCCACGGAGGAGCAUCUGAGUUGCGUACACCGGUGCGUUCACGCUGAAAUGGCACAAAACGGUGUUUCUCCGACUGAACAGAGUCUUCGAAGACGCAUUUUUGGCAGCAAAGACGAUGCUGUCUGUCUCGUCCUUCACGGUAGACUAGGCCCACAGACAAAAGCUGUCUAGUCUCGACCUACAGAACAAAAUCUGUUGCUUUCCAGCUUGCCUUAUGGCUCCUGCCCCAGCUCUUUCCUCGUCUAGCAUGUCACGAC